UCGGGCCUCCAGCUGGUUAGGGGCUCCGUUUCCAUCCCACCACGCAUAAGACAUCUCAACACCUGAGCUGCCCAUAUCCCAUAGUUUGUGAUUCCUAAUUGAAUUUGAUGGUUUAUAGUAGUACAAACACCAACUGAUGUAUUUUUUAUUUAUUUUUUUGGCUUCAGGAUUGCUGUACCGAAAACAUGUUUGGAAGACUCGUUGGUGAUUUUCCUCAAUGACACGUUUUCUCCCGGCUUGCUUAGCCAACAGAAUGCAACCGGGAAUCCCGUGUCAGUAAAGAAUGACACCAAAUAUAAAUCUUCAUUAGUAGCCUAUGUGGAAUUUUAAUGCAACCAUACUAUCUCUCAGAUUACAUUUACCACAUUAUAUUUCUUUCAGAUGUUUAUAAGACUGUCUACAAGAAAUGAUCACAAAUAAAUACAUUAUUAUCUCCAUGAUACAUUUCUGUAUUAUUAUUACUAUUAUUAUUAUUCAUAUUAUUAUUGCUGUUGGCAGCACAAUGGAACACUGGUUAGCACCUCUGCCUCACAGUUCAAAGGUGUGGGGUUUGAUUCCAGCUCUGGUCUUCUCGUGUAGAGUUUGCAUGUUCUUCCAUGCCUGCAUGGGUACUCUCGGGUACUCCGUUCUCCUGCCAGACUCCAACAAGAGGCAUGGUAGGCCAGAAAUUGAGAGUAGGUGUUAUUGUGAGUGUGACUGGUUGUUCAUCUAUGUGUGGCCUGCAAUUGGUUGGUGACCAGUUCAGGGUGUAUCCCGCCUACUGCCCGAAGUCAACUGGGAUAGGCUUUAUAAGAAAACACUAAAUUGGUGUAAAUAGCAUGAAUGCUUGUUUGCCUAUCUAUCACAAAGGUGUCAAACUCAAAGCCCGGGGGCCUGAUACAGCCCGCCACAUCGUUUUAUGUGGCCCGGAAAGACAAAUUGUGCAUCAAAUCCGUGUCAUUACUAGAAUUGCAAAUUGUCUUCACUUUUAAUAUAUAUAUUUUUUGGUCAAUUUCAAAUUUGACCUAGUUUGAAACCAACUACCAAACCCGAACCCUAGUUUCAAACCCUAAUUUUAAACACUUCCCGUAGUUAGAAACCCUAACUAUACUUGGGGAGGUACUGGGUCGAUCCGUAUGUUUCCACUCCAGCUUCUAUUACAUCAAAUACUAUUCACUCAAAUCCAGUAAAUUAUGUACAGUAUUACUUUAUGUUUAAAUUCUCACACAUUUGCGUCCACAUUAACGCAUUUUACCAUUCACACGUAAUUUCAACCGAAAUUGCACACUUUCUCGUUAUUAUGCCUUGCCACGGUCGGUCCAACGCGGAAACACGCCCGAUGGGGAAGACGAGUUGGAGCUUUACGUUCCGGUUGGGAAGGGGGGGCAAUGCGCCCGACCACUUUAGCCAAUAUCUGACAUCGACGAGUACUCGAUAGUUCCCGGGUUAUGUCGGCCGCCUCCACGCUUGAAUGAAUCCUGAUUUCCAUUCACCACGACCGCGUCUGUAUUAGCAUGUCGCGGAUGUGUUUUUAGCUGCAACCGUUUGUGUUGUUAUGAUAGCAGCGAUGGAGAACAUCGAGGAGUCGUCUUCGCCCCUCCGUAUCGCUCCCACGGUCCGAGCGCUGAGCUCCGCACUGCGGGCCAAGCUUGUCUAUGCCCACGACUCUGGUCGAAGGGACAGCGAGAGGAUGUUACCGGACCCGGAGAAGGAGAAGCUGUGGUUUAAGGAGAGCAACGCCAGGAACCUCCGAACUCGAGACUUUUUGUCGCCGAGUACUAUGCUCAACACGCUCUAUGCGGACGGACAGGUUCCUCCGGCAGUGAUGUCUAGGAUCCUGUCUGUCCAAGGCCUUGGCGUUCUGCCUAUGGCGGGCGGGGAGGUGAUGGAUGAAGGUCUGCGGGUGAGAGUGGACCGAGCCGCCGCCUUCAGAGCUGUCCUGGAUGGUGGGGCUACUGAGUACCUGACGCCCUCUGCUCAGAGGCAGGGCUGCGUGGUGCUCAACUGUCCGGCCCUGCAUCCAAAACCCGAACCCCCGACUCCUGAUAGCCUCACUCUGGGACACCUCAGGACGAUUUUGUUGGCUGACCAUAUGGGGGCCCUGUUGAAAGGGCAAGGAUUUACAGUGUCUCUGUGCCCCCUGCUGCCCGAAGACAGCAGCAUCGUCAAAUUCCUCCGCACUCUGGGCAUCGACUGGCCAACAUUCCCAGCCUACUGGACAAAUGAGGAGCGGGAGGCGAAGAUCCAGGAAGCGCUGGAUAACUCGACGUACAGAGAGAGGGAGAUUGAGAGAGACAGGAGGAUGAGCGGAGGGCCAGGCAGGAAGAAGGCGGACAAGAGUGAGAAUGAAGGAGCAGUUAGGAUCAAUUUAAAACGAGUGUUCCAGGAAGAGGGGCUGCAAGGGUAUGAUCCCAGCCUGGGAACCUGCACAGUCCACAGAGACAGCGUUUCCCAUCUGGCACAACUGGACCUCGCCACAGCUGACUGCACCGUUGCCAUGGCAACAGCCUUGCAUGUGACUUCCUGCCAAGAUGAGUUCCGCCAGCAGCAGAUAGCGAUGCUGUGGAGAGCCAGUGGGGCCACACACAGACAGAGACAUCUGGUGUGUGGGCCUGUCAAGACUCCUUCUUCUCAGCUCUCUUCUGCACAGUACCUGCAGCUUAGAAGAGGUCAAAUGAAGGAGGCCUCAGAGAUGAAAUAUGGAGAUCAAGUAGAAGGUCAGACAUGGGAUGACAUCAUCAGGGUCAUGAGCUCUGCUACAAUCAGAUUUGAGCUUCUCGCGACAGUCCACACCAGUCCGGUCACUUUGGAUGUCCAGAGAGAAGGCGGCGUGUCCACCAAAGGCCCGAGAGGCGGCGUGUUUGUGAUGUACAACUGCGCCAGACUGCACACGCUGUUCGACAGCUAUGACCGAGGGGUGGAAAAAGGUUUGUACCCAGAAAUCCCAGACGUCUCGGAACUGGACUUCUCUGCCCUCAAAGAAGAGGGUGAGUGGCUGCUCCUCUUCAAUUACCUCAUUCCCUUCUCCGAGCUGCUGGACCAAUCAGGACAAGUGUUGGACUGCGAAAGGGGAGGGGCCAGAGUCAAUCUCAAAACCGAGCAGGUCAGUAUUUGCAGGUUUCUGGUGUCUCUCAGUAAAGACUUCAGCUCAUACUACAACAGAGUCCACGUCCUGGGGGAGCCCUUGCCUCAUCUCUUCAACCAGAUGUUCUGCCGUCUGCAUCUUUUGAGAGCCUUGCGGGAGCUCUACCACAGCGCUCUGGAAACUCUCAACCUUCCCCCUAUUCGGCAACUAUAGCCUCCAUGUCUUGCACAUCACUCCGCUACUCCUGUUACUCACCUGUAGCCUCGUGUUCCACCAAGAGACAAUAUCGCAACCCUGCCCAUUUUAAUGAUCAAAUGAAAGUUAGUUUAGACUUACUCGUGAAAUCUGAGGCCACUUAGUUGUGUGUCUCAACACGGCUUAUCUUUAUAAUAUGAUGCUAAUUUUCUGUCCUUUCUCCUUGUGCCAAGUACAUAUAUUGUAGAACAUUGCCACGACAAAAUCUGCUUUUAAUGAGCCGUAUUCCCAAAUCCAUGUGAUUUAUCUAUCCUGUAUUUAUGAAUGGCAUAUAAAUAUAAUUUAUUGCAACUACUAAAAAAAGGUGUGUACAGAAUAGCUAUUGUAUGAUCCUUAAAAGCUGUCUUAUAAUUUCUAUUGCUCCUGUCAGGCUGUUGAAAUAAUGCACGAAAUAGCAUGAACAAAUUGCAUCUGAAGAUUUUUCUUUUUCAAAAUGAUUAUUUAUAAAUGUUGGGAGGGGACUGUCAUGAUUUAUUAUUUUUCUGUCAGUUUAUCAAGUGAUUGUGUUGCCAUUUCACCUUGGAUCAAAUGUGCCAUCGCUUGUUUUCAAAACUACACUACAACCAAAUGUCACUUCACUGCAUGAAACUAAAUGUUGAUUGUUGUUGCUUGUUCAGUCCAUUUUUAAAAAAUGACCUUUUCAUGUUUACGUGACAGUAGGGGGUGGAGGCAGGGAGGGAAAUGACCAAAAUAUGCUGAUUCAUUCACUGUAACUUGUUUGCCUCCAUGGCUAUGGUCAUAUUAUUAAAACAGGAGUGACAACCA